UCAUAAGAUAUGGAAACACUAAGAUUGUGACGUGGAGUGACAACAGUAACAAGAAACUGUCCAGCGGGGCAACCAGAGGAGGACUUUAACCUUCAGCGUGGCUAUAAAGCCCGCGAGCGGUCGUCUGCACAGCACAAACCAUCAGACAGUGAAGAAGAGUCAAGCUGCAUCUGUAAGCAUCAACUUCAAUCAUGAAGGCGUUCAUCGUUCUCGCUCUUUUCUCCGUUUGUAACGCCAACAUCCUGUGGCCGGAGCCUCCCAAAUCCAACCUGGAAGUGGUGAAAGAUGCCUUUUGGGAUUAUGUUGCAAAGGCAACACAAACUGCUGAGGAGUCCCUGAAGCAGAUCAGAGAGUCCCAGCUGGGACAGGAAGUGAACACCAAGAUCUCUCAGAGCGCUGACACCGUGAAUCAAUACGUCGCUACGCUGCACACUCAGGUGGCUCCUUUGACCCAGAACUUCAUGACUCAGUUCUCCCAGGAGGCCGAGCAGCUGAAGGCUCGCCUGGAGAAAGACCUGGCUGCUAUGGGCACCAACGCAGAGGAGAUGGUGGCAAAGAUCCAGACCAAGGUGGAUGAGCUGAAGAGUGGAGCUGAAGCCUACGCUCAGGCCAUGGACCCAGAGCCCAUGAAGGCCGUCCUGCAGCAGAAGAGCCAGGAGCUGAAGGAGCAGCUGGAGCAGAGCAUGAGCCAGCUGCAGGCCCAGAUGGUUCCCUACACCGAGAACAUGAAACAGAAGAUGGAGCAGAGCCUGGAAGAGUUUCAGAGGAACAUGAUGCCCCUGACCCAGAGCUUUGAGGCCCAGGUGGCUCAGAAAACCCAGGAGAUCCAGCAGAGGUUGGCUCCCUAUGGAGACGAGCUGAGGGAACGGCUGGACUCCAGCGCUCAGGACCUGCAGACUCAGCUGAACGCCCUGUGGAAAACCUUCACCAAGAUCGCCCAGUAAAUGGACUCCGUCUCAGUCUUAAGCCUUAAGCGCUUUCUCUGUAUCACAAACCAAAUAUUUAUUUCAACUUCACUCCUGUUUAUUUUAUGAAAUAAAAAUCCAGAAUUUCUGCA